AUGCGGGUAAUAGCUGGGGCGACGAGGAUCAGUCCACUAGAAAGAGGCGCAGAAAUACAUUAUUUCAAGAAAGUCAUUACGCCGUAUGGACUCAGCAUUUACUUUGACGUGGCUUUAAUCGAAUUUGAAAUUGCCUCGGACACAAAUCGCUCUGACGUCACACCAAUCCAGAUCGCAAACGAGACAGAACCAGUCUCAACCGGAGACUGUCGGAUCUCAGGAUGGGGGACUGUUGACAGGCUUGUACAGAGGUUCAAUCCGGUCCUGAAGGAAGCCCGUACCAAGUUAUUAACAAUUCAGCAAUGUAAGGACUCGGGAUGGCCCGUUACUGCUACCCACGUGUGCGCGGAGGGACGGCCUAAAGGCGUCAGCGGUUGUUUUGGUGACAGUGGCGGGCCUCUGACGUGUUACCGGACAGACGGGACCCCCGUACUCAUGGGUAAGCCUACAUCCGAAGCAGACAGACUUUCAGCUUUCAUUGUGGGCGGAACUCGUGCUGACACUGGGAAACAUCCAUGGCAACUGUCGCUCCAAGUGCGGUUAGCGGUGGGGUGGGGUCACUCCUGCGGGGCGGUGCUGAUAGCUGAAAACUGGGCGGUGACGGCCAGUCAUUGCCUGUUCGACAGAAGAUACAGAGAACUGAGAGUCAUGGCGGGUUCCUCAAACCUCUUAUCUAAAGACUCCGAUGUACAGAUUCGCACCAUAACACAUGCCUUCGCGCCUUUGGGAUUCAGCGUUGUGUAUGAUGUAGCUGUGCUGAAACUGGAAAAUCCCGUAAACACGUCACGUGACAGUAUCGCGCCAAUAGUCAUUGCUAACCUGACAGAACCGAGCACAACCGGAAACUGCAUGAUCUCGGGCUGGGGACUAAAUGCUUGGAAUGCAGAGAAAAGUUUCAACCUUCUCCAAGACGCUCCAGUUAACUUAAUAGCUGCCAGAGAUUGCAACGAUCCAAAGUGGCCUGUCUUUCCAACUCAGGUAUGCUCCGAGGGACAGAGGAAAGGAUCUUCGGCAUGUUACGGGGAUAGCGGCGGGCCUCUGACGUGUACCAGAGAGGAUGGCACCCCUGUCCUGGUGGGGCUGGGAUCUUAUGUUUACAAACGAUGUCAGACGGUCAGGCCUAAUGUCUUCUCCAGGGUCGCCGUCUACCGGAGAUGGUUGAGAAGAGUAACUAAGAUUGAAGAUCUAUAG